AUGCAAGGACAACAGGGAUAUGAACAGCAGGCUCUGUUUGGCACAAGUUACGUACAGCAUCAGCAAACACAAUCGCGUCUAGUAAACCCAACUCCAUACCAUAUUGAGCAGACUCAAAGACGCAGCCGUACAAGCACUAAUGGCGCACCUCCAACCCCAAACAACUCGUACUCGGGUACUAUAGAUCCCGGUCUAUUAGCGAACUCCGCUUAUCAUUCUCGAAUUAUUAAACAGGAGGCACUCGACAACAUGGCAACUGAAUUGGAUUAUACCGAUCACAAUAAUAUCAUAUCUCCUUCAUCCAAUUCGCCAUUAGAUGACAUAGAUGAGUUUGGCACUGCUAGCGUGCCUAUUCCAACCAGCAACGUUGAAGUUGACUCCCAAUUUGGUGAAUCGCCCGGAACCCAAGCAUCCGUCUAUUCUCCUGGACCGGAUACCGCAGAGUUUGGGUUCGAUCUCUCCUCUAGUGCUCCACCUACUACAACUGCAGCUCUUCCGAUGGGUGUCGUUAAGAAGAAUCAGUUCGGAUUCUGUACUCCCGAUAACAGUUUCCCUGGAGCUAAUAAUGCCAUACCGUUUAGUUUGCCAGCAUACAGUGCGUCGGUGCCGGCAUACAGAGUUCAAGCCGACUGGGGAGAUCAUAGUGCGUAUUCUGGCUCGUUACAAUUCACUCCUGGGGGUGAUAUGUCGUUAGUAACUGAAAUGAUCCAAGUCGAAGCUGAAGACAACGUAUCUAGGCAACAGGCCCUGCAGACUGAGAAAAAGCGCCGCCGUCGUGAGUCCCAUAAUGCUGUUGAACGUCGUCGUCGGGACCAUAUCAACGAGAGAAUUCAUGAGCUAUCCACUCUCCUUCCUGAAACCUACGCCGACAAUUCAAACAAACCCAAUAAAGGCGUAAUCCUCCGCAAAUCAGUCGACUAUAUUCGCGACCUCAAACAAAGUUUGCGCGAUCAAAGUAGCCGCAAUCAGAAGCUUGAGGAGCUGGUGAAACGUCUUCAGAUAAAAGCUAGUGGAGAUCGAAAUGGUAAUAGCGGUAAUAUUGGCUUUGAUCUAAGUGAUGGAGGUAGUAGUCUCCCUUGA